AUGGGGUGGGGGAUAGGGUGGGGUUGUAGAGGUUAUGUGGGGGUUUGGGGAGUUGUAGUGGGGGAUGGUGGGUUUUGGGGGGUUGGGGGUGUAGGGGUGGGGAUGAGGGGGGGGGGAUAUGGUGGGGUAAUAUGUUUGGGUUGGGUGGGUGAGGGGGUUGGGAGGUGGGAGGGUGGGUGGUGGGGGGGGGGGGGUUUUUGGUGUUUGGGGGGGGGUUGGUGGGUGGGGGGGGGUUUGGUGGGGGGGGAGGUUUUGGGUGUGGUAGUGGUUGUUUGGUGGUGGGGGGGAGGUGGUGGUGGGUUUUUGGGGUGGGGUGGGUGGUGUGGGUGGGGGGGGGUUGGGGGGGUGGGGGGGGGGGUGGGGGGGUGGUGUUGGGGGGUUUUGUUGGUGGGGGGGUUGGUUAGGGGGUUUUGUGGGGUUUUUUGGGGGGGGAUUGGGGGUUGGUGGGUGGGGGGGGGGGGGGUGUUUGGUGUGUGGGGUGUGGGUGGGGGGUGGGGGUUUGGGGGGGUUAUGGGGGUGGGGUGGGUUUGGGGGUGUGGAAUGUGGGGGUAUGUGUGGGGGGGGGGAUGGGUGGGAAUGGUUGUUAGGGUUGAAUUGGGGGGGGUUUGUGGGGAUGGGGGGGGGUUAGGGGGGUUGUAUGUUGGUGGGAUAUGGGGGGGGGUUUAUGUGGGUGGGUGUAAUGGGGUGGGGUUUUUGGUUUUAAUUGGUUGUGUAUAUGUGGUGGUUGGUAUAUUGGUGUGUGGUAUUGUGUGGGAAGUUGGGUAUGGGGGUGUUGAAUGUGGUGGUGAAGGGUGGUUGAUGUGUUGGGUUAUGGGGUUGUAUUUGUUGGGUUUGGGGGUGGGGGAUAUGGGUGGGGGUGAUUGGUGGGGGUGUGUUGUGGGGGGUAAUUGGGGGGUGUAUGGAUGUUGUAUUGGGGGUGAAUGGUGGGGUGGGGAUAGGGGUGGGGGAUUGGGGUAUUGGGGGGGGGGGGGGGUGGGGUAUUGGGGGGUUAUAUUUUGGGGGAAUGGGUGGGUAGGGGGUGUGGUAAUUGUGGUGUUAAUGUUGUGUGUAUUUGGGUGGUAUGUGGUGGGUGGGAAGUGGGGGUUGGGGGUUGUGUUGGGUGGGGGUAAGGGGGGGGAUAUGUGGGGGUUUUUUUGUGGUAUGGGGUUGUGUGGGGGUUUGUGGGGGGGAUGUUAUGGUGGGGGGGGUGGGGGAAGGGGGUGGGAGUGGUGUGGGGUGUUUGGGUGGUUUUGGGUGGGGGGGGGGGGGGUAGAGGUGGUGGGGGGGGGGGGGUGUGGUUUUGUGGGAGUUGUGGUUGUAGGGGGGUGGGAAGGUGGAUAUUUGUGGUAA